UCUGGCUCCGUGGGGAGGGGCUGGGCGGCACCGUCCCCGCCUCUGCCCUGCUCGGCAGCCGGAGGAUAAUGAAGUCCUCUUUACAUGCGGAGGAGGAUGAUUUUGUGCCAGAGCUUCAGAGAAGCAUCCAUCCCCGUGAAAGACCAGACUGGGAAGAGACGCUGAAUGCAAUGGCAAGAGGAGCGGACAUUCCUGAAAUUUCAGGAGAGCUACCCUUGCGGACCUGCAGCAGCACAGCUAGUAUGAAAGUGAAGAAUGUGAAAAAGUUAUCCUUUACCAAGGGCCACUUCCCAAAGAUGGCCGAAUGUGCUCACUUUCAUUAUGAAAAUGUGGACUUUGGAAAUAUACAGCUUUCGCUCCCAGAAGAACAGAAUGACGUAACAAGGAAUGGCUGUGAAUCCAAGGAACUCGUCUACCUUGUACAAAUCUGUUGCCAGGGCAAGAGUUGGAUUGUGAAGCGGAGUUAUGAGGAUUUUAGAGUGCUUGAUAAACAUCUUCACCUAUGUAUUUAUGACCGGCGCUUUUCCCAGCUCUCAGAGCUACCCCGUUCUGAUGCCUUGAAGGACAGUCCAGAGCUUGUCACUCAGAUGCUGAUGGCUUACCUGUCACGACUCUCAGCCAUUGCUGGCAACAAGAUAAACUGUGGUCCUGCCCUCACAUGGAUGGAGAUCGAUAAUAAGGGGAAUCAUCUCCUAGUACAUGAGGAAUCAUCCAUCAAUGUUCCUGCUAUUGCAGCUGCACACGUUAUCAAGCGAUAUAUUGCUCAGGCAGCAGAUGAGCUGUCCUUUGAGGUGGGAGAUAUUGUGUCAGUCAUUGACAUGCCUCCAAAGGAAUUGACCACGUGGUGGAGGGGAAAGCAUGGAUUUCAGGUGGGAUUCUUUCCUAGUGAAUGUGUUGAACUAAUUAACGACAAAGUUCCACAGUCUGUGACCAAUUCCGUGCCAAAGCCAGUGUCAAAAAAACACGGCAAGCUUAUUACUUUUCUGCGCACAUUCAUGAAGUCUCGGCCAACAAAACAAAAGCUGAAGCAACGUGGGAUCUUAAAGGAGAGAGUCUUUGGCUGUGACCUUGGGGAACAUCUUCUCAACUCUGGCCAUGACGUCCCCCAGGUCCUCAAGAGCUGCACAGAAUUCAUUGAAAAACAUGGCAUUGUUGAUGGAAUAUACCGUCUAUCUGGGAUUGCCUCUAAUAUCCAGAAGUUACGGCAUGAAUUUGACUCUGAGCAAAUCCCUGACUUAACAAAAGAUGUAUAUAUUCAGGAUAUACACUGUGUGGGUUCGCUCUGUAAGCUUUAUUUCCGAGAACUCCCAAAUCCUCUGCUCACCUAUCAACUCUACGAGAAAUUUUCAGAUGCUGUGUCUGCGGCUACAGAUGAAGAACGCUUAGUUAAAAUCCACGAUGUCAUUCAGCAGUUACCUCCACCUCACUACAGGACACUGGAGUUCCUAAUGAGACACUUGGCCCAUCUUGCUGAUUACUGUGCCAUCACAAACAUGCACACUAAGAACUUGGCAAUUGUCUGGGCACCAAACCUGCUGAGAUCAAAGCAGAUAGAAUCUGCUUGCUUCAGUGGAACGGCUGCUUUUAUGGAGGUGCGGAUUCAAUCAGUGGUUGUGGAAUUCAUUCUCAAUCAUGUGGACGUCCUUUUCAGCUCCAAACUAAGCUCCGUUAUUCGUGAAGGUGCAGGUCACAGUUCAUUGUCGCGUCCUAAAUCCCUGCUGGUGUCUUCUCCUUCCACAAAGCUGCUCACCUUGGAGGAAGCUCAGGCGAGAACUCAGGCCCAGAUCAAUUCUCCUAUAGUAGCAGACAGCAAGUACAUUGAAGUUGGUGAAGGACCUGCUGCACUGCAGGGGAAAUUCCACACUAUCAUAGACUUCCCAUCUGAAAGAAAAAGACCACCCAGUAAGAUGAAAAAGUCCCCUGUUGGCAGUUGGCGCUCCUUCUUUAACCUGGGGAAAUCGUCCUCUCUCUCCAAACGGAAACUUCAACGCAACCCAAGCGAGCCCUCCGAAAUGAAAGCGAUCGCUUUAGCAGGAGGGCGAGGAGACAGUGGAACUGUGCGCUCAGCAAAAAGUGAAGAGUCGCUCUCAUCUUUACAUGCUAUGGAUGGUGAAUCUAAACUUUUUCGACCUCGGCGACCAAGAUCGAGUAGUGAUGCAUUGUCUGCCUCCUUUAAUGGGGAGCUCUUGGGGAGCAUGAACCGCUGCAAUUCCUAUGAUAAUCUGCCCCAUGACAAUGAAAGUGAUGCAGAUGAGGGGCAUCUCCACGUACCUGUUCUCAUCUCUCCCAGGUCAGCAGAAGAUGUUGAUCUGAGCCCACCUGAGAUUGGCGUAGCCAGCCUGGAUUUUGAUCCCAUGUCUUUUCAGUGCAGUCCACCAAAAGCAGAGCCUGAAUGUCUCAACAGCAGCACUUCCCUGUUGGAGUCAAUAGACUUUAAUAAGGACAAGCAAAACACCUUUAAGAAGGAGCUAGACUCCGGCAGCCAGUCCCAGACUCCUGGCAGUGCCACCAGCUCUGAACCAGUGUCUCCUUUUCAAGAGAAGACCAUGAGUCCCUUCUUCACUCUAGAUUUGAGCCCAACUGAAGAUAAAUCAUCAAAAUCCCAGUCUUUCUCUGAGAAGAUCACCCAUGCCUUCUCCCCCAAGAUGGGACAGAAACCAGCCAGAUCUCUACCACUAAAUAUAUCAGAGCCAGUCUCCUUCACUAUACCUAACCGAAUGCCAGAUGUUCUCAUGGGAGGGUUGUCAGGGAGUGCAGACCCUUCAGACUGGACUAAAGGAAAUGCUGGCACCAGUGAAGCCGCAAGCAUGUCCCUGCCUCCAUUGACCAUAUCACCUUUGAAAGCCAAUGAGGUGAGACCAGGUGAUGGACAUCAGCAAGAGUUCCAGAACCAGGGAGAUGCUAAGAAGCUAGAGUUUCAACAAGAGGUGGAACAGCCUAUGCCCAGCAGCAGCCAGAGUAAGCCUGUACCUUCUGGACAGACACAGCCAGGAGCAGUUGCCCUCGACUCCCCCCAGGAUCCUGUUCCAGUCAGUUCUGUCUCUGUUGUCCCUCCUCCUCCUCCAAAAAAUGCAGCUCGCAUACUAGCCUUAGCCCUGGCAGAGUCUGCCCAACAAGCCUCUGUCCAGCCCCAGAAGAAACCUGAUGUUCAUUCUGACUGCCCCAGCUGUGUAGAGACUGAAACUGGGGGAACUGCAGAAAAGUUCCAUCCAUAUUCUAAUGUUGCUGCAGAAAAGUUCCACCUGUAUGCUGCCCUGCCAGAGAACCAGCUCAGUGUUCAGGCUGCUGCACCUGGAGAUCAGCACAGAAGCGAAUUACCAGUAGAUCAGGACCUCCAACCCAGUAGCAUGCCUGAGGGCAGCAAUCACUUACCUGUUAGCACACCUGGACAUCACGACCAUCCUUGUCUCCAUACUGACAUGCCUGGAGACCCUCACAGUGGAACUAACAUGGGCUGGGACCACUCCCACUUCCAUCGGUGCAUGUUGGAAGAUGCACACCAUCUCUCUCACUCGGUUGUAGCCGAGGAUCAAAACCACUCUCAUCCUUGUGCGAGAGGAUCCGUUCAGUCAGAACCACCCACAACAGUGAUGCCAGUGGAAAACCCACACCACCAUAGUGGAGGUACCCCUUUGGAAAAGAACCAAGUCCAUGCCAACAAGCCUCACUUUCCAGUCUGCACUGCAGACAUCAAACUAGAGUUUCCUCCUGUAACUGCUGGAGAGAAAGCAACCACAGCAGUUCUGGCAUACACAACAAAGAACCCAACAGCAGCAAGUGAAGCUGAUUCUGGAGUAUCCAGCCAGAAUGUUCCACCUCUAACUACCACAGUCAGCAACAGCAACAACGCAUGGGGAGAAAUGGAUCUCGUGGCUGCUCAGCAUGCAGGCGGUCACCAAGUCCUGGCACAGAGACCGGGGGACCAUCAGCCAGCUGUAGGACAAGUGCCAGCCACCACCACUAAAGUUUCAAGCAGCUUCAGCCAGGUACGCGGGGAAGCAACUCCGGAGAAACUGUCUGAGCCUAGAUCAGCCGAGCCAGGUCCCAUUUUUGUUGCAGAGGGCAGUGCCACAAUCCAAUGUACUUCUGCCACCCCUGUGGCAACAUUUCACCAAGGGCACCUGGAAAAGCCCCGAGAGAAUGCCAGGGCUCCCCCUUUGCACCUGAGGUCCGACUCUGUUCCAGCUCACUCCUCAUACGGAUUUACUCCUCCAGUCCCACCUGUGAGAACAAUGGAGAGUAAAAUUGCCGCUGCUAUGCAUUCAAACAAUGCGGAUACCCUGAAUCCUGCUGGUUACCAUUCCUUUGUGGCUUCCUCCACCCUGCAGUCGUCAGUAGAUGAACCUGUGCCACCACCUCCACCACUGAAACAGGCCUCUCUCCAGUCUGCUUAUUUUUCUCAUUCCAAGUCCGAGAGCCCCUCUGAGGCUCCGGUGUCCGAGAACUACGCACAUCACAAGGCUAUGUCCCUCCACCAGUACAAGGCCGAAAGCGUCCCUCCACCCCUCUAUCACAUCAAAUCUGAGCCGCACCCAGGCUAUCCGUCCUUGUCCGAGACCCCGACCUCCAUGGCCCCCAGGUAUAACACUUGUGCCAUCCAAGGGAAGAGUUCCUCUGUCCGCCACUCCAAGCCUCGCAGCCGAGUGGAAUACGUGUCCUCCAUGAGCCCGACCAUGAGGAGCACUAGUUAUGCAGAGGAGACGCCGCCGUACCCCACCAUCAGAAGAGUGCACUCCCUGCACGUCACGGCCCCCUCGACCAUCCGAUCGGUUCCCAUCUCCCGCACGGAGGUGCCCCCCGAUGACGAGCCCCUGUACUGCCCAAGGCCUUUGUACCAGUAUAAGCCAUAUCAGCCUCAUACGGAUUAUCAUGUCACUCAGUUGCAGCCUUACUUUGAGAACGGGCGAGUGCAUUACCGGUACAGUCCCUACUCCAGUUCGUCCAGCUCAGCCUGUUACACUGCAGCAGAUGGUGGAUUCUACGACCUGGAGCCCUAUGGGACCAUGAGGCUGAGGCAGUUCCAUCCUUCCCCAGGCAGAGAUUUUGCUUCUUACUCCAGGUUGCAGACCAAGAGUCUGUACCGCUAUCCUGGCCUGCCACCGUACCCCCGGGGAGGCCUCAUUGGACACCUGGCAGGCAAAGAGCACAGUUUUAUCAGCAGGGAUGUGCCACCUGCUCCAGAUGUCAAGCCGAUGUAUGUCUCCUGGGAUCUGGAAGACAUGGAAAAGUACCGCAUGCAGUCCAUCCGCCGAGAAAGUCGUGCACGCCAGAAAGUGAAAGGGCCAGUCAUGUCCCAGUAUGACAACGUUUCCCCUUUGUUGCAAGAUGAGUUACGGACUGUGGAUGUUGUGCACUUGCGCAGCAAAUCGGAUCCGGGGAAAGCUGGGCUCCUCACUGUUGCGGAUGGGAAAGAGGGGAGGUACCCGGUGAAGUUAGGGGCUGCCGAUGGGGACGAGUGCUACUAUGUGCCCCAUCCGGAACCCGAGGUAGAUAGAGCCCAUUACCAAGGGACCUUUGGAAACGGGCAGACAGAGAAGCCUUCCCUCCCUCAAAAGCAAAGCAGCCUCAGGAGCAGAAAGCAACAUGAAGCAGGUUGCAACUCAGCUGAGCACAGAACACACCUGCCCCAUGAAGUGGGCCAUAGGCAGCCUCUGGAUUCCAAAAACGGGCCUCCGUAUCCGGACUACCGACCAAAGGGCCACCAGGAACUGCCGGAAUCCAUUGGGUAUCAGCACUCUGGUGGGAAGUAUGUCCCAGCAAGCCACGAUGCCUUGAGACUAAAUCAUAAGGAGGUGAAGCUGGCAGAGGAGCGGCCUGACGUACAGCGGUCCCGGGCCAGGCCAUCUAACGCCACCAAUGCCGAAAAGCACUCCAGAGACUGCUACAGAGAGGGUGAGCACUACGGACAGCCUGCGGCACCUCCCCCGAAGCCGGAGCGGAGCCACAGCCUCCGACUCCAGCACCCCGAGAACGCCGAUCGGGAUGCCGGCCUCCUUUAUCCGUACCAAACCCUCGGCAAACGCCAAAGCACUAUGACUGUGGUGUCCCAGUAUGAUAAUUUGGAUGAUUACCAUACCAUGCCUCCGCACCAAAGAGGGGGCUAUGCUGGAGGGGGUGGGUUUGUGUCCCCCUUCGCUCACCCGCAUAGCAGGACUUAUGCCACAGCCUUGGGCCAGGGAGCUUUUCUUCCCACCGAGCUCUGCCUGCAGAGGCCUGAAACAGAGAUCCAUGCGGAGUGAGCUCAAGGGAAGAGCAGAUAGAGAGUACGCAGCCUCUGCUGGACAGUGGACUGGUCUAUUUUUUCAAUGACACAUGGCCCUCCCCAUCAAAGCAUCUCCUGCCAUCAUCCCCCUCCCCACUCAUGCCUCAUGCUGCUUACUGUUUUUUAUAUAGUAAAUGUACAGUUUCUCUCACGUUGUUUAAAAGUAGGUUGCAGCAAUCAUGUAGGUUUUUGUUAAACUUGAAAACAAAGGCAGUCUCCAGGAAGAGUGGAAAUAGCAAAGGAGGUACAGGGGUUGCGCUGUGAAUGGUUCUUUAGAUUUCAGACAAUGGCAUCUCCCAUACCUUUGCCGCUGUCCUCCGGAGCCCUGAGCAGGAUAUAUGUAUUGAUAGAUGGAUGCAGACAUUUCUUCUCCAAAUAAAUGUCCCUUCAUGUGAUCGCCAGAGCAAGAUUUAUGAGAUGACACACCUUAGCAAAUACUUUUAAGUUGGUUCCUUCAGGUUUAAUGUAUUAAACUUGGGCAGAAAGAUUAUUUCCUAUUAUUCGUUCAGUUCAACAUUUCUGUUUUUUAAAACGAGCAAACAAAAAUACCAUUUUUCAUAAAGUGGCUUGUUUCAUGGCUUGUUAAGAGCCAACCCUGUCCAUUCAUACCAGUACCAAUGGGGUGUGAUCCUCGUGGUGAGGAAGGAAGACCAAGAGGAGUGUUCCAGUAAAAUAUUUUCCCUUAAGAAAUAAGAAGACAUUUCAUCAGCUUUGGUAUUGUUGUAAAUAGAGCUUUGCUUUGCCAAGCCUCACAUAUAAUUCCUGUAAUUCUUGUGUUUUAAAUGGAGCCCCUCUUUUUUAGAAACAAAAACAGAACCAUUUUUCGGGCAAAUGCAUUUCCUGUGCACUCCUGAAAUACCCAGGGGUCGUUAUGUUGGGUGAGUCUCGCCGAAAUGUCAGAGUGUUCUGGCACAACCCUCAGUAAUUCCAGCAGGCCUGCAGGAGAGUCACGAUGCAAUUAUUUUUGAUAAGUGGACAGGCUGUUUUAACUCCUUACUGAACUCCCUAUUGGACCUAACCAGCAUCCCUGGUUCACAGAGGGAUGCCUGGUUUUCCAAAUGAUGCUGGUUAUCUGAUGGCCAUGACAAAUGUCUAAUUAUGUAGCUGUCAGUUUAAUAGCUGAGUUCCAGCUUAGAAAAAUGAUAGUAGCUUUUGCUGUAGCAUCACACCUGUUUCACUAUGUCAGUUGGGCAAUGCGGGGGAAUGUGUGCUUCUCCCCAUAUGUUGUUGGACUCCAGCAUGGCCUAUAAUGCAGGAUGAUGGGUGUUGUAGUCCACACAUCUGAAGAGUCACAUAUUCCUCACCCCAAUAUUAAGGUAACCCAUGUGCUGUCCAUUUAGAUUGGUGAUACCAUGCAUACCCCUGGUGCAUUAUCAUCUCCCACUUUUGAAAGGUAUGCAGCUUCGCUUGCUUUUUUGGUGAAGUUAGAAAUAUGCAGUGCACAUGAUGACUUUACUGAAACAGAAGGAGCUGGAAAAUGCGAGACUGCUUUUUAGCAUAAAGCUAUGCAGCCACUUUGUAAGAUAAUAAAUAAAAAUGCAGCAUUCCAUGUGGCAAGAGAGAGAUUUCACUUGAUGAAAUAAAUUACAAAAUGGCUAUAAUCCAUUCCAGGCACAGCUUGCUUUCUCUUUCUGGAUCACUGAAACUGCCUAACUGGGUUGGAAUCCACGGGAAGUAUCCCGAGCACCUCCCUGUAACCAAGGCUCUUGCUGCUGCAACAGGCACUGGAUGUUACUAGAAGGAAGGAACCUGUGUCAAUCCUCUUGCAAAAAGAUUUGCUUAUUGGCAUCCCAUGCUUUUAAAUACCAACAUACUUCCACAGGGGCACAAAGCACUUCUCAAGGCAACGUAUCAUUUGGUUCUCUGGAUUUCCUGGCCUCAUCCAGGCUUGUUACAAUAAGAAUAAUUUGUCUCUUUUUGUUGUGAUGCACAUUCUCUCAAACAUUCGAUAAUUUUUUAUUUUUAGCAGUAUUAUUCCCGAAUGCGCUAAGUGUAAAUUUAGUGCCCAGAAAGCUCACUGUGAACCAGGUUUACCUCAGCAUCUCCUUCCCCUUGUGAGAAACCAUAUGCUUUUUCAUUUUCCUAUGUAAAUGAGAAAUAUGUAGGUAGGGCCAUUCUCGUCCGCCAGCUGUAUAAGCAAGCUAGUUUAGCUGACUAGGCAGUUCUUCCUUGUGCUAGCAAAUGAAGCCCAGCACACAGGGGCUUCUUCCAAAAUCCACUGAAUUCCAGUAUCCAGCCAUGUAGGUUUUCGCUUUGUUGGCAAUGGCUAUGUCACUCUACUUGAUAUUGGUUCCCUCUGGGGUGAGAGCAGGACAUAUCAUUGAGCUUAGGACAUUUAAGGUUCAGGUAGCAAGGGCUGCAGGACAUGCCUCUGUCUUCAUAAAAGCCUUAAUUUUCCUUGUUUCCUCUCCAUAUAUUCACCUGGUUGUUGUCUGCUCUCCAGGCAAAAUCAGAACCUAGCCUACUAAUCUCAUUUCUGUACGUUGUAUGCCCAAUUGAACAAAAAACCUGAAACAGAACACUUUUCUCCAUCUCACAGAUCUCAUCUCCCUGUGGAAUGGGGCUGCACAGGUUAGAUUUUGAAUGCUCACCUCCUUCAAACAUUUCAAUAGCAACAACAACACUCCCUGAAUCCUCCUGGCCAGAAUAUUCCAGGAAAGUUUUGAAACGGGAUCAUGAAUUCCAUCUUCCCAUGUUCAAUACUGCUACUUAUUCUGUCUAUGUCAAGCCAACAGUAUGAUUUUGGGUCCAUCAGUCCAGAAUGUGCUAUAUAGCAGUAUAACUUUGACCAUAAAAGGAAGCAAUUAAGAAAAGCUUCCUAAGCUUGAAGGAGCAGUGACAAUCACCAUGUUCUCCUGUAUUUCUCUCGAGCAGCUGGAAACUUUUUAAAAAACAACCUUCUUUUCCCCAUCUAAGUAAGCCAUACAAUUAACUAUGCAGUUCUGCUCAUGUACUGUGGUUAAUUUUGAGACUCUAACCUUUAGAGAUGAGCCCCUUCCUCAUUCCUUGUUUCUGCCGUUGAAUCCCAGGCAUGGCUCCACUCCCUCAAGAGAAGGAAAAGUAACCUUCACCAAUCUAAAUAUUAUGUUGCACGCUAAGGAGGAAGUGGGUGUCAUUCCGUCCGUUGCAGGGAAUCCCCUGCAAGAGAGGACCAGCUAAGUGAAGAGUGUGACCAUCCACUAUAAAUCCUUUAAUCAGCUGUUUUAUCAUGUGAUCUAUGGCUCCAAGCAUGCUGAUGAGAACAGAAGCCUGGCAGGUUCUCACGUCUCUUGUUACUCACUCCCUUUACCUUAAUUGCCACUUCUGAUUUUUCAGCAGAAUUUUUUGACAUUGUUGGAGAUCCAGAUUCAAACUGCAGGUGUACUUGUGUACACACAGCUAUAUCCGAGUGUUCAUAUUUACUUAAAAGGAAAAUUGCUCCUGCUUCCCGCCACCUUUCAUUAUUGCCACAUUAAACUGUAUGGUUGUUCAUAACCUUAAAAUGUUUUGAUCAGGUUAAAGAUUUAUGCAGAUGAUGGUGAAAACAUUGUGCCUAUGUCUUUGCAGACGUAAUCUGGGGAGGGGGGCUAUUACUUGGAGGGGAUUACAACGAGAAUUUGCACAGUUGUGGCAGCCAAUGCCAUAAACAGCCAAAAUUUGCUUGAAAUAUUAUUGCUCACUUUCAGCUAGAAUAUUUGGACUUUUGUACUUUUUCCCAUUCAUCUCAUUUGGUACGUUGUUGACAAAGUGGUGGUUGACUGCAGCGUGAAAUUAUGUGUCAAGGGAAUGGAAUUGUAGAGUUCUAGGUUUCUGUUUUACUUUUUAAAGGAGGCUUCGGCAUGACACUUUCUCCAGAACCUUUUGCUAUGGAAACUGAUGUAAUGGGCAUGGUACAGUUUAACAUGUGCUCAGUAACUUCAGUGUCUCCAGUAAGUUGUAUAUUGUAUAGUUUCAGUGCAAAAUGAACAAGAAAUGGUUGUUGUGCAGUUUAUUUUCCUACUGAGGAAAACUUGAGUUGUCUUUUUUGAGCCACAUGAGAGAACCAUCUCAGAAAGACUUGGAUGAUCUCUAGGUGUUCUCUUCUCUUUAAUUUAUAUAGUGUCUUAAUUUUUUUAAUUCUAUAUUUUUUACUUUUGUGUGUGAGAACUGGUGUAAAAUGUAUAUGCCGAGCUCAUGUUCUUUAAUGUAAAUAUUUUUGUGACUUUCCACUCCCACCCAUCUCUUGUAAAUAUAUAGAUUCUCAUUUUCUCCA